GGAUUUUGUCGAGAGUCUUCCACAGAACAUGAUCCACCCCCUAAAGGGUUGGCAUCUUAACUGCCUUCCUGCUGCUGUCAAUACUUCGGAUUCCUGCAUUGCUUCCUGGUGUGUGGGAGUCUCUUUGCCAAACCACAGAUGUAGAAAACUUGGAAAAAUAUGCUACAUAACAUCAGGAUGUGAUCAUUGAGACUGAAAGUGCAGUAUCACCAAGCAGUGCUCCAAAAUAUUGGUGUCAGAAAUGCCAGCGAGAAUAAACUCAGAUAAAAAUACUCAGCAGAUCUGGGCAGUAAAAUGUCUCUCCUGUCUCCCACUGGAAUGUAGCAGGAUGCCUUUGAGAACCCAAAGCUCCCACUAAUAGUCGUCAUCUCAACAGUUUUUGGUCCAUGACUGCUGAUUCAUAUAGGAUGUUAUCUCUGUUCUCAUUCCAUGUACUAAGACAAAGUAGGGGUAUAAACAAAACAUUCUUGAUAAGUGAAGUUAGAGUAAAGUAGGGAAUGAAGGGCAUAUAACUACAGUGCUCUGCCCACAGCGCACAUCUGCUGUUUCCUACAAGAAUGGUCUGUUGUAAAUGCUUAAACAUUCAUUUGUAGCUGUAGUGUACCUCAUUACUGUAGCAUUUGGACACAUUUCACAUUACAAACAGAUGUAUAAACACCCACCAGGAGCAGCAAUACUGUCUUUCUUCAAUUGUUUUAGUCCACCAGGGAAUAAAUUGGAAAAAUAGGAAGAUAAAAUGCAGGAAAGAUUUGGCCAAAGACAGACCCUUGUAUUGUGCUAUGAAGGUAUGCUGCCAGGAGUGAGUUCUGUGGUUUAGGAAUGUAGUGUUGUAUAUUGCUGCAUUGUUUUUGGUCUAAAGAGUAGAUGUGGGACGUAAUCUACUAGCAAGAAAACUGAUACUCUGGAGAUUCUCCUGCUUGAUGGACUUGGGAGAUCAUGGGGAUGUGAGGAAGAGACAAAUUCAAAUAACGCUACAAAAGCAGAGUCACAAACCUGUAUAUCCAGACCAUAAUGAAAAGCUACAGAUGUCGAACAGAUGAGUUUCUCAUCUCCUGGGCUUCCCAUGAACUCUGUGGGCAAUGACCGGGUUGAUCAGCGAACCUGCCUUAUCUGUGGAGACAGAGCUACAGGUCUGCACUAUGGUAUCAUCUCCUGUGAAGGCUGCAAAGGGUUUUUCAAAAGGAGCAUUUGCAACAAGCGGGUUUACAGAUGCAGUCGAGACAAGAACUGUGUCAUGUCACGCAAACAGCGAAACAGAUGCCAGUAUUGCAGGCUGCUCAAGUGCCUCCAGAUGGGGAUGAAUAGGAAAGCAAUCAGAGAAGAUGGCAUGCCAGGAGGCAGGAACAAAAGCAUUGGACCUGUUCAGAUAUCAGAGGAGGAGAUUGAAAGAAUUAUGUCUGGACAAGAAUUUGAGGGGGAGGCAAACAUCUCUUGGAGUAACAAUGGAGACAGUGACCAUAGUUCUCCCGGGAAUGGAGUUUCUGAGAGCAACCAGCCAUCACCUGUUUCUACUCCGUCUUCAAGUAGGUCUGUGGAGCUGAAUGGAUUCACUGCACUCAGGGAUCAAUAUAUUGGGACUCCAGUGUCCACGCACUAUCAGUACCUACCGCACCUUUUUAACUACUCUGCUCACUCGGCUCUGAUGCCUCCACAGACCCGAAGCCUAGAUCCCCAGUCACAUAGUCUUAUCAAUCAGCUAGUGUCAGCUGAGGACCUGGAACCACUUGGCACUCCAAUGCUUAUUGAAGAUGGGUAUAAAGUGACUCAGGCAGAGCUGUUUGCGUUGCUGUGUCGUUUGGCAGAUGAGUUGCUUUUCAGGCAGAUUGCUUGGAUUAAGAAGCUGCCAUUCUUCUGUGAACUCUCAAUCAAGGACUAUACUUGCCUGCUAAGUUCCACAUGGCAGGAGCUGAUUCUGCUGUCCUCACUAACCGUUUACAGUAAACAGAUCUUUGGUGACCUUGCUGAUGUAACCUCCAAGUACUCUCCCUCUGACGAUGAGCUGCACAGAUUCAGUGAAGAGGGAAUGGAGGUGAUGGAACGGCUGAUCUACCUCUACCGCAAAUUUAACCAAUUGAAGGUCAGCAAUGAGGAGUAUGCAUGUAUGAAAGCCAUUAACUUCCUAAAUCAAGAUAUUAGAGGCCUGACUAAUACAUCCCAACUGGAGCAGUUGAAUAAACGGUAUUGGUACGUGUGCCAGGAUUUUACAGAAUACAAGUACCCACAUCAGCCAAACCGUUUUCCGGAUUUAAUGAUGUGUUUGCCAGAGAUACGAUACAUUGCAGGAAAAAUGGUGAAUGUUCCUCUGGAGCAGCUGCCCCUCCUUUUUAAAGCCGUUCUGCAUUCCUGCAAGACAAGCGUGAGCAAAGAGUGAGCCUUCAUUGCCCCGAACCCAUGCCUUACUCUGGUGCUUCUGGUGGGGAACUGGCUCACGUGUGAAGAGAGAGGGGAGGAAAAACCAUGAUCAAGGCAGUAGGGAGCUGCUGAGAUAGGGCGGCAGGUAGCCCUGUCAUUGUAGCAAGAAUCUUUUUUGUUUUGUUUUUUGUUUUUAAACUCUUUUCCUAUAUAUUUAUUUCACGACAGAGUUGAAUGUAUGAUCUUCAACACAGUGCACAUGGUUCUGUAUGAAUGCAGCAGAUGCAUUCUCUUGCAGUUUACAGAAUGUGAAGAUGUUUAAUGUUACAGUGUUUGUUAGGGUUAGUUCUUUUGUAUUUGGGGGACUGGGGGCCGAUAUGACUAAGACUACCUCAAUGAGAAGAUGCUGUUCAUGUACUGAUCAUUCCAUGAUUCAUAUCCAGAGUGUUUGCCUAAAGAGCAAACUGCCUCUCUCCACUGGGAGAGCUGUUAGCAUCCCAAAUGCUGGAGUGCAUUGGAGGAGUGUGGGCAUUAGAGAAGUGCCAAGCUUCAAAAAAGAUAAGUGGGUGAGAAGGUGUUACACCAAAACCAGAAUUUGGGUCCCCCCAGAAUAGCCAGCCUGUUUAUUGUUAUAACCAAUCUGGUCUCAUUAAUUGUGGGUCUCCAGGGUGGCUAAGGGAAUACUUGGAGGACACACAUACAGCCAUGCAUAAAUUAUUGACACAAGAAGUGUUCCAAAACAAGGCACCUUUUAUUGAACAAUUUCUUGACAUAGUAACAAUCUAAACACACAUCCCUUAUAACAAGUUAAAGAGCACCUCAAACCACAUUGCCUUAUAGCUUGAAACAAUACUGAGUGGAUGCUCCCUGCUUCAGAUGGUCAGUCUGUCACAGAUAGCUGACAGCCAUUUUGAGAUGUCCAUUAGUUUUUACACGUAUAAAUCCCUUUCACAGUCAACACACAUGCAUACAUCUAUAUUAACCCCCCUCUCACACACACAUAUGAAAACACUAUACUAUGCUAUGCUAUAACUAUACCUGUUACUCUGUCUGACAAACUUACGCAGCUGACGGCACAGUAUCUUUUCCUGUUUUCUUUCUCUCUCCCACUCCUCUGCUGCAUCCUUCUCUUCUCCCACUGCUUACUGCUGCUUCUCCUUCAUCUCACCCUCACCUCUUUCAUGCCUUCCUCUGCCUUCUCUGCUCAGCUGCCUUCUCAACCUGUCAACUGCUGCUGACUUUUAUACCCUACUUUGCUAACGGUCACACGUCAGUCAUUCCAUUUGACUGUUAUUUACCUCAGUGUUAUGAUUUGUCAUUUGUUGUUUACUACCUUCUUUUUCCUGCCAAUUCCUAGUGCUACGUGACCUGCAGCUGUCAGCCAGUGGUGGAGUGACUCUUGCUUAUUCAGAAUGGAAGCCAGGAAUCUAGGGAUUUCAAAAUGGAGUUUCUCUGGUAUCACAAAGAGAAAUGAAGUUUAGCUAGUUGACCAAAAAAAAGUCUUCAUCGGUUUUCAAA